UUAGACCGUUGGGGGAUCCUCUAGAAAUUAACCCUUCAUCAGAAAAUAUCCUGGAAUGGAGAAAAUUCCCAUUCCUUUCAUUUCGGGGAGAAGGGUAACAUCAAGAAAGAAAUAAUAUUAAUAUUAGAACUAAUAUUAAUAUUGAUAUAUGGGCAUAUAUCAGAACCGACCGUGAAAUGAUGGGUUCUCUUCUGGGUUAUGGUUGCGGUUGUUUGUGUUGUUGCUGAACUCACUGUAACUGCUCGUUCAGGGAGGAGGCUCGAAACUGGGAAUUGUUCAAUGGGAAAAGAGAUUUCUGAUUCUGAUUCCCAUCACAAACGUCUUGGUCUUUUAAAAGAUCAAGUUCACUUGGUUAAAAGGAAAGACUGUGAUCGCCAUGAAAUUGCUCCAAUCCAAGACCAACUAUCCUUUGAGAAGGGUUUUUUCAUUGUAAUUCGUGCAUGCCAAUUGUUAGCACAAAAGAAUGAUGGAAUAGUAUUGGUAGGGGUGGCAGGUCCUUCCGGAGCAGGCAAGACUGUAUUUACUGAAAAGAUACUGAACUUCAUGCCCAGCAUUGCUGUCAUUUCAAUGGAUAAUUACAAUGAUUCCAGUCGAAUUGUUGACGGCAACUUUGAUGAUCCACGCUUAACAGACUACGACACGUUACUUCAGAAUUUACAUGAUUUAAAGGAAGGAAAGCCUGUUCAAGUUCCCAUAUAUGAUUUCAAGUCCAGUUCACGAACAGGAUACAGGACAGUAGAAGCUCCAACUUCUCAUAUCGUGUUUAUAGAGGGCAUCUAUGCCUUGAGUGAAAAGUUACGACCUCUACUGGACCUUCGAGUCUCUGUUACAGGAGGAGUUCACCUUGACCUUGUAAAACGAGUUAUACGUGAUAUUCAACGCGCUGGUCAAGAACCUGAAGAAAUUAUUCAUCAAAUAUCUGAGACGGUGUAUCCAAUGUACAAGGCCUUUAUUGAGCCAGAUCUCCAAACAGCACAUAUAAAAAUCAUCAACAAAUUCAAUCCAUUUACUGGAUUCCAGAGCCCAACUUACAUAUUAAAGUCAGCAAAGAAUCUCGCAGUGGAUCAAAUUAAAGCUGUUCUGUCUGAGGAUUUUAAGGAAACAACAGAGCAAACUUAUGACAUAUAUCUUCUACCACCUGGUGAAGAUCCAGAGACUUGCCAAUCAUAUUUGCGAAUGCGAAAUAAGGAUGGGAAAUACAGCCUCAUGUUUGAGGAAUGGGUGACUGAUAAUCCAUUUGUCAUAUCACCAAGAAUUACUUUUGAGGUUAGUGUGCGCCUUCUCGGUGGACUAAUGGCCUUGGGGUACACAAUAGCCACUAUCCUUAAGAGAAACAGCCAUGUUUUCUCUGAUGAUAGGGUUUGUGUGAAACUGGAUUGGCUUGAGCAACUCAAUAGACAUUAUGUUCAGGUACAAGGAAGAGAUCGCUUGGUUUUACAAUACAUAGGACAGCAGCUAGGUCUAGAUGGUUCCUACAUUCCUCGUACCUACAUUGAGCAAAUUCAAAUUGAAAAGCUUGUGGACGAGGUUAUGGCCCUACCAGAGGAUUUGAAGACAAAACUCAGCCUAGAUGAGGAUUUGGUGUCAAGCCCCAAAGAAGCACUUUCUAGAGCCUCUGCUGACAGAGUUGCCAUGAGAAAUAAACAUCUGAGGAGUGGAAUAUCACAGUCAUAUACCAAUCAAAGAGACAAAAACCUUGCUAAGGUUACUGGAUAUGAUUCCAACAAUAGAAGGUUUGGUGAAAGAAAUUCAGAGUCCAGCACAAUGUCAGUGAAUCAGGGAGCAAUCAAUCAACUUUCGGACCAAAUUUCUGCCCUCAAUGAUAGAAUGGAUGAGUUUACAAAUCGCAUUGAAGAGCUGAAUUCCAAAUUAAACACCAAGAGAAAUUCUCCAAGCCAACAGAAUAUGUCACUUCAAACUGAGACAUGCAAUGGAUCAGCUCCCACCUCAUACUUCAUCACUAGUUUGGGCAAUGGUUCCCUAACUGGAUCUAAAAUGGCAAAUUCCUCUUCAUCAUCACAGUUAAAUAAGGAUUCUCCUUUAAUGGAAGAGAUAUCAAGCAUUGCACGCAGUCAGCGUCAGAUCAUGCAUCAAUUGGACAAUCUCAAUAAUCUUCUCAGGGGUAGCUCAGGGGAGAAGUCUCAACAAACAAGAACUAACCGGAGAAGCAUGGAUACGACAGCAGAUUCCAUGGGAACCUCUGUUAUGGCAGUGGUGGCAGUUGGUUGUUUGGGGAUCUUCUUGAUGAAGGGUUUGUUGAACCGUAAUUGAUUUCUCUAGAUAUAGUCACUGAUUUAGAUUCAAGAAAUUUUUCUUCACUAUGACAACCCUUCUGAUAAGAAAGGUGUUGAGGCAAUUAACAGUUGAAGAAUUCAGGAGGCAGUCUUUUAAGAUUAUUUGAGGGUCGGAGAGAGAAUGAUGCAUGCCCACUUGAAAUUUUGUGACUUCGUGGGCUUACUUUUUCAUUACAUUUUUAUGCCAUUUUAAACACAACAAAGGAUAUCUAUGUUUUGGAAUUUUCAGGUGGUAUACCAUGUAUAUUUCUUUCCUCAUUUCAAAAUUUAAAUAAGUUGGUAAUAGUGAGGAGGUCAA